ACCACGGAGGUAGGGUUAGGACGUGCUAUCAUCGCAGCGGAAGCUCUCGAAUACAGACCCCAAAAAUGCCUAAGCAAAUUCACGAAAUCAAGGAUUUCCUUCUCACUGCCAGAAGGAAGGAUGCACGUUCUGUGAAAAUUAAAAGGAGCAAAGAUGUGGUCAAGUUCAAGGUUCGCUGCUCCAAGUAUCUCUACACACUGUGCGUGUUUGACUCAGAGAAGGCUGACAAGUUGAAGCAGUCCCUCCCUCCAGGUUUGAGCGUGCAGGACCUGUGAGAAAAGCUAGCGUGGAACCAAUUAAAUGAGCUCAAGUUUGAGAACUCUUUUGUCUGAAGUUAUGCUUUCAAAAGUUUUAAAAGUUUGCAAAUGGAUUUGAUGUCCUUAAUUAUUAGGUUGAUAUGGUUGCUUUUCAUGCUAUUCUAUUUGGACAUGUAGAAUUGGGUUUCUUCUUAUUACUGGAGUUUCUAUAUGAAUAUUGAUUUUGCCUA